AUACAGAAUUGAAUGGUGUGAAGAGAUAGAAAAGGGUAUUGGAUUUUUCUGAUUUGUUUAGAAAGUAGAAACCGAGUUGGAAAAAGUAAGAAAAUAAUAAAGUAUAUCCAUCCAUCCAUCCAUCCAACCAUCUUCUCUUGGUGUGCAUCCAUUCAUUUUCGUAAAGCCCACCUUGCCCAUCAUUUUAUCAUAUAUGCUACCAACGUAUAAUUCAGCUACUUGCUCUCUUUUCCCUCUUUGUUUUAUUUCGUUUUGGUGUUGGUUGUUGGUCUAAGAAGUUGAGCUCUGUCUGGGUGAAAAUGGGCAGAAAGUGCUCACAUUGUGGGAUCAUUGGCCAUAAUUCAAGGACCUGCACUUCUUUCAGAGGAACUCCUACUGCUUCUGCCCUUCGGCUUUUUGGUGUUCAACUUGACCUUUCGUCUUCGUCUUCUCUUGCCAUGCAGAAGAGCUUUAGCAUGGACUGUUUGCCCUCAGCUUCAGCUUCAGCCUCACUACACUCUUCACCCUCUUCUUCUUCUUCCUUGUCUUCUCUAGUUUCCAUAGAUGAAGAUAAAACUGCCUUGGGCUAUCUGUCUGAUGGUCUCAUGGGUGGUCGUCCUCAGGAGAGAAAGAAAGGAGUUCCAUGGACGGAAGCGGAGCAUCGAACAUUUUUGAUCGGGCUUGAAAUGCUGGGGAAGGGAGAUUGGAGGGGCAUCUCUAGAAACUUUGUGACUACAAGAACUCCAACCCAAGUGGCUAGUCAUGCUCAAAAGUAUUUCCUUCGGCAGGCUAGUCUCAACAAGAAGAAGCGACGCUCAAGCCUCUUUGAUUUGGUCGGGAACAGUAUGGCUGGUGGUCACCCUGUUAAAGGAUUUAAUUCCGAGCAAAGUGAUCCUGUUCCUACUCAAUAUUCAAGUCACCGUGAUGCGGCAAUGCCUCUGGUAGACUACACUUCCUUUAAACAAGAUUUUACUUCAUGUAAUGAAGCAACCGAUGAUCUUCAUCAAGAUCAAUCAACUUCACACGGCCGUCAUCAGGUGGUGCCCAUUUGGCUACAGCAGCCUAAAUCUUCCAUUAAUGCAUCGAAACCAUCGCCUCCAGAUUCGGAAUCAGCCGAUUUAGAGCUCACACUUGCCACCCCAAAGCCUUUGGAAGAAAAGAAAUCAUCAUCUAAACCUCUCUUUAUCAGACCUAUUAGUGUUACCUGAAUACAAUCCAGUGAUAAUCACUAGGAAGUAUCGAAGCUUAUCAAGACCACAUGGUAUUAUUUAAUUAGUAUAGUCAUAAUGCCUCAUCAGACAUUGGAUCCACCUUGUUUUCUGUUUAUUAUUAAUCUCAGCAAAAGAUUUCUUUUGUAGUCUAAGGAUGACUGCUAAAUUUGUGAAAGUAUGUGCUUAAUUAGUUGAUCGAUUAAGUUUUAGGCCUUAAACCCAAGUGACAACUUGUUCAUCUCUUACAUUUUAUGUAAGGAUAUAAAGUAGUUAGGUCAUUAAUAAGAGAAGAAUCAUAUAAUAAUA